AUGGAGCCCUGCAUCGCCAACCUCCCCCUGUCCCCCGACCCCUUGUCCUCCUUUCCCCGACACAGACCCGGCGUCCCUCACUACCCGGGCUUCCAGGGGCAUCCCUACCCGCUCAUGGCCAGGUGUAACAGCAGCACCCUGCUCACUAACCUGGGGCUGAGGUACUGCUCCAACAGGCAGGGCCCUCUGGGGGUGGGGUCGGGUCAGGGGCUGGCCCCGGGCUCCUGCAACUACACCGGAAGCAACGGCAGCCGGCCUUAUAGGAGUAUGGAGAACCUGAACUGGAACACUAUGGCAGAUUCUGGUCUGUGUGCAUUCAGUGCUGCCCCCUACAGGAGCAUGGACAGUGAGUUUAUUUUACGCUACACCUCCAGUAGCCACUGGUUUGAUGGGCCCCCUGAUGGGUCUAUGGGGGCCCAUGGGUUGGUACCCAACCAAGAGAGCCUGGCGUAUUACCCUCGACACGGGCUGCCCAGGAAAGACCUGCCGCUCUUCCCUCAGCUGCUGUUUCCAGGUGGUGUCGACGAAUGGGACGCAAGGAAAGGCCUGCGGGAGAAACUCCGCCUCCAGAGUGCGAGGUCAUCACUUGAGCCUCUGAAGCCCCUCCCCUUGAGGCCUCAGGUGACCCCAGGUUCUGCACCCAUCAAUCAGGAGGCAAUGCAUCACAUGAACUCAACAAUCGCUGGGUGCAGGCCGAUGUGCACGAUGCGCCUCACCAGCCCCGAGGAGAUCAAGCAGGAGGUCCUCAGGCGUUUACAGCUCCGGCGGCAGAACAGCAGCCCCAACCUGGCUCUCCAAAGCUCCCCAUCGAGCCCGAAAGUGGUAAAGACUUCAUACACGACAGACAACAUUGCAGGUAACAAAAGUGGAUCAGACUCUGCAGCGGAGCACCGAAGAGCUCCUGUGGGACGCCUACACAUCCCUACGUUUGAGGAGUUUAAGAGGAUGAGGCAGAAAGAGGGAGAGCAGGGCAAAGAGUCCACAGCAGGUUCUGUGGUACCUGGGAAACCUGAGGCUGAAGCAGGAAUACCAGACAGUAAGAUUCCUCGUUGUGAGCAGCGAGAAGACUCGGAGGAGGUGGAUGGAGAAAAGAGCAGAGGGACGUCAGAGAGACCUCCCUGCACUAACAUCACUGCAGCUCCCACCUCCUCCUCCUCCUUUACCUCCACAUACUCUCCCAUCCGCACAGGCCCGUCUCCACGUUUGCCCCUGCAGCCUCUGGCCAGCUCAACUCAGGAGAAAGCCCCCGCCACCUGGGGAGAUGAGGGGAGCAGCAGACGUAGGAGGAGCAGCCUGGAACCAGCUGGGUCGGUUCCGUUCCCACCCAGCAGGGAGAACUGGGGUCGGCCCUCCAGCUGCUGCCCGGCGCUCCUUCUGGAGGGGACGGACCUUUCCAGCUACGGAGCCAAGAUCUAUAAGAUGAAGGACGGCCUCAUCGGCUCUGCACUGGACCUCAUCAAGAAGAGCUGCAGUGCAGAGAUCUCCGCCGAGGCCCCCGUCAGGCUGUCAGGUGACCGGGACGGAGGCUGUGACAUCACCGCCCCCUCGACCGACUGUCAGCCCUCCGCCGUUGCCAUGGCAACGUCGGCAACGGCCUGCGGAGCCGAGGCUGGCGACGAGACGCCUGCAGGAGGAGGAGGAGGAGGAAGAGAGGAAGCAGGAGAAUGCCACACCGGUCUGGGCUGCAGGCGCUCCAGCUCGGAUGCAGCCUAUGAGUUGGCUGAGACGGUGAGGGCGCAGCGUGAGUGCCGUCUCCGGCCACACUACAGUGAUCCCAUGCCAGCCGACGCCUCCAAGCGCAAACAGCUGGAGAUGAAGAUCGCUGCAGCCGCCCGACUCCACGGCCACCGCCGAGACCGAGACAGAGACCGAGACAGAGACAGCGCUCCAGCAGCUAUUCGUGGUCGCUCAGAGCCCCCUGGCGAGGAGCGCCAGGCGGGUCUGGGUGUGACUCGAUCCGGGCAGCACCGCUGGAGCACCAUCAGCAGCCUGAGCGUGGACAGCGGAGUGGUGGGCCUCAGUGAUGAGCGGGAGGAGGAGGACAGCGAGCCUCGCCGUUACCGCCGGAACCGGGGAGCCGAGGUGGAGCGGGUGGACAGCGGCAUUGGCCCGGGUCUGUCCCGCACCUGGAAGAGACCCUCCGCCUCCCUCAGAGCCUGGGAGGCCCAGAGACCCUGUCCAGACUGCGGACUGAGGGACGGGGCCUCCAAAGAGCGGGGAGAGCGCAUGUGUGAACGUUGCUCCAAGCUGCGCACCGAGCGCAAAGAAGCCAUCCUGGAGUUUCUGAACACAGAGUCGAGCUACGGUGAGGACCUGCGGAUCAUUAAGGAGGAGUUUUACUGCCCCAUGCAGAGUGCCGGCCUGCUGACGGCUGAGCAGCUCAUUGUGGUGUUCAGUAACGUCCAGGAGUUGAUAGACGUCAACGACCGCUUCACAGAGCACCUGCAGGACAGCAUCGACCAGGCCUUUGACCAGGGAGAUGAAGAUCUGCUGACAGUGUACAUCGGAGAGAUCUUUCUGGAGUUCGUCAACAUGCUGCCCGCCUUCCAGACCUACUGCCUGCAGCAGUCCACCGCGGUCAACAUGCUCAACACGCUGGAGAAGGAGAAAGAGCUGCUCAGAAUCUUCCUGGAUGUUUCCCAGAAUGACAACACGGCACUGCGUCGUAUGAACCUGCGCUCCUUCCUCAUGGCGCCCCUCCAGCGUGUGACGAAAUACCCGCUUCUGUUGAGCCGCAUCAUUAAGGUAACCCCAGAAUGCCACCCCGACUAUUCGCGUCUCCGUGAGGCGAAAAGUCGGGUGGAAUCCCAUCUGGAGCACAUCAACAUGAAGACCAAACAGGAGGGCAACGGAGUCACAUGGUCCCUCCGCUCGUUCCGCCGAGACAGCCGUAAAAACAGGGAGGUCAUCAACAUCGAAAUGCGAGAGGUGUCAAUGAAGACGGUGGGCUGGGCGAGGGAGAAUACUCGAUUCGUCAUGGAGGGACCGCUCCAGUUGUCCCAGCCAGCAGAUGGUCAGUGGGUGAGGAAAGGCAGCAAGGCACUCAAGUUCCAAAAUGUCCAGAGUCUGCUGAUGGUGAGGAUACAGCGGGCCGGGGAAGUCCCGGGACAGGGCACUGACUUGGCGGCACGGGGGGAUCAAGGAGAAGGCGGUGGCGACAGCAUACGAGACGGAGUGCUGGUCCUAAUCAAGGACAAGAGCAGCGGGAAGUUCACGGUGCUGAGGGAGCCAAUCCGUCUGGGUAACUGUGUGGUAUCGACGGAUCCGGACUGCGAGGACACAUUCGAGGUGCUCGAUAUUCGGCGGGAGUCUUUUGUCUUCCGUGCCUCGGACAAAUCUCGCACCCAGCAGUGGUUCCACCAGAUUAAGAGGUACACUCGAGACUUGGGCACCUGGAGGAAAAGACGCAACGCUUUGCCCAACAUCAUGAUCAACACGAACCAGACCCGCUCCUGAGACUAAACCCUCCCCCCGCCUUUGUUACACUGUAUAUAACCUGACUACUGCAAAACUAAACCGACAAAAAGAAGCAUUUCUGAGUGACAGCACUGUUAAAACAUGUUAGAUUUCAGUUUAAAAAAAAUCUUUCUCGUAAGGGUAAGAGAAAGAUACGGCACUUUUUUUCUUACAAAGCUAUAAGUGCGCCAUACUGUCAUUAAAUUAUGUAUAAAGAUUUAAAAGAAAAUAUCAGAUAUUUGGACAACCAAAAAAACUUGGGCUGUGCUUGUCAGCCUUGAUUGUAAAGACUGUUCGCUCUCGGAGGAAGAGAGCUGUUUUCAGUCAAUAAGGUGUGUCUGUUGAAAAGCAUGACUGACCAUGGCUGACUGCAAAAAAGAAAAAUUGUAAUUUUUUUUAUACAAGACAGUGGAUGGGGAAUUUGUUUUUGGGUAUGUCGAGGCGGAGAUGUCAAGAGCUUUGUUCAGUGGUUUAUGUUUGUUGUCACUGCCCUCUCCUGUCUGUGUGCUGCCCUCUACUGAGUGUUGGCAGUAGAGCAACUUUCACUGCCAGAGAUGCAGUUGAGCAGAGCCUGUCUAGCAGGCUGAGCAGACCUCCUGUAUCACUGUGUUUCAGUUACAAAAACAGCAAUAAUAUCUGCCAGUCCCAAAAUAAGUAGCUACUGUACAUGCAUUUAAUUUCCUAAGAUUUCCUCUGGUGUUCAGGUGUUAGUAUGUCUCAUGUGGCAGAUUGAACUCAAGUCUCAAAUCUAAUUAUGUUUGUCGGCAUUAAAGAUUCCCUCUGUCGCUCUGACACUGAGGAACCGGGAGUUCAAAUAAUCUCAGUGCCAUUAAAGCAGUUCGUGAAAAGUCUGGUCAAUCUCCUUUUAACUGUUUCCUGUUAACAUCAUGUCACACAGGUAAAGAUACUAGUUUUCCGUACUGUGUGUUAAGUGCAGAGUUUUUCAACCUUCCAUUCAGGACCACCCACUACGCAUAGAAAAAAUUUAAAAAUGUAUGUCAAAAUGAUCCCAUCCAAAACAAUUGUGUUUCAUGAUAUUAACACAAUAACAAAGGUAGCAAAAUCUGCUUAAACCCUACUUAAACCCAUAAAAAAAGUGCCAUUUAAACAUACUGGAAUCACUUCAAAUUACAUUUUGUAAAGAAAAAUAUUUAUUGUAGCACCAUUCUGCAGGCCGACGCCUCAUCUAUCUGUUGGUCUUUAACUUGGAAUCCAUAGUAUUUCCACAUUUUGAUAUUUAAAAAAAUGUGGGGGAUACAAGGCAAGCAGAGCAUUUUUAAGAAUUUCGAAUUAUUGAAAAUAUGUGAGCUUCCCCUGGUGACAAUUCAAAAUAAAUCAAGGCUUUCCCAAGUCUUUCAUAAUAUUUAUGAUUAUCCCAAUAAAAUAAAUU